CUGACAAGUAGUUGCAUUGCUCUGUUUGAUCUGUGAUCGACCUCGUGUUGCACGUAAUUGUCUACGUGACCACUGGAUGAACUGGAUCUCACUCGCAACUUUAAGAUCGAUGUUGGGGAAUUUCACACGGACGGAUCUCUUAAAGGAUUUUUUCAGCACCUCGGAUAGUUCCUCUGAGGAUACCAUAUGGCACGAGCGCGGACAAAUAUGAGUUGUUUGCUAUUGUUUACCUAUUCCCGUGUGAGUUAGACGCUCGUCUUUGAGAAGGAGAUCCCUAGACUGAAUUCAACAUCAUUACAAGAGGUUUUGGGAAGAACUGGAAUUUCAACAUGAUGAUCACACGAUACAGACCGAGACCAGACACCAGCAUGUCCUUGGCAUUCUGCGGCAACGAAAACAACACGGCCGCGUACAACGUAGACGCCGGCGUCCUCAACAACGGCUGCUUCCUGGAUGCCCUCACAUUGGUGCCGCACGUCUUCCUGCUCUUCAUCACCUUUCCCAUACUCUUCAUCGGAUGGGGAAGUCAGAGCUCCAAGGUGCACAUCCAUCACAGCACAUGGCUGCACUUCCCUGGACACAAUCUCCGCUGGAUCCUCACCUUCAUCCUUCUCUUCGUCAUUGUCUGUGAGAUAGCCGAAGGCAUCGUGUCUGAUGGGUUUAACCGGUCAGUUCACCUGCACCUCUAUAUGCCAUCUUGUUUGGCCUUCAUGGCUGCCAUCACAUCAAUAGUCUACUAUCACAACAUAGAGACCUCCAACUUCCCCAAACUACUGAUGAAUUUGCUGAUUUACUGGGUUCUGGCAUUUGUGACGAAAACAAUCAAGUUUGGCAAGUACACAGAGCACGGCAUUGGCCUGAGACAGCUACGAUUUGGGAUCACAGGCUUACUGACCCUUCUGUAUGGCCUGCUUCUGGCUGUGGAGAUCAACGUCAUUCUGAGGAGGCGCUAUGUGUGUUUCGCUCACGUCACUGAAGUCAAGCCACCGGAGGACUUACAGGACCUGGGGGUGCGUUUCCUGCAGCCGUUUGUGAACCUGCUGUCUAAAAGCACAUACUGGUGGAUGAACACCUUCAUCACCUCAGCGCACAGACGCCCCAUCGAUCUGAAGGUCAUUGGCAGGCUGCCCAUCGCCAUGAGAGCUCUUACCAACUACCUGAAGCUCCACAAGGCCUUUGAAGUCCAGAAGAGGCCUCAAGGCUCUCAUCCCCAGGGAUCACGGUGGAUCUGGACGGCUCUGCGGCAGGCCUUUGGAAGACCCCUCGUUCUCAGCAUUACCUACCGAUUCAUGGCAGAUCUUCUUGGCUUUGCCGGCCCCCUGUGCAUCUCAGGCAUCGUGCACCAUCUCAGUAAAGAGAACCACACAAUUCAAGCACCAGUGCAGCAUCUUGGAAUCUAUUUCAUCUCCUCCCGGGAGUUUCUCGCCAAUGCAUAUGUUAUAGCCGUGCUCCUGUUCUUCACUCUGCUGCUCCAGAGAACGUUCCUCCAAGCAUCCUACUAUGUUGCCAUUGAGACUGGAAUCAACCUGAGAGGAGCCAUACAGACCAAGAUCUUCAAUAAGAUCAUGCGCCUCUGCACCUCCAACAUGUCUAUGGGAGGAAUGACAGUGGGGCAGAUUUGCAACCUUGUCGCCAUAGACACCAAUCAACUCAUGUGGUUUUUCUUCCUGUGCCCCAACCUGUUCGCAAUGCCAGUUCAGAUCAUAGUCGGAAUCAUCCUCCUUUACUACCUCCUGGGAAUAAGUGCCUUGAUAGGGGCCACGGUCAUCACCCUCCUGGCUCCUGUGCAGUACUUUGUGGCAACCAAGCUAUCGGAAACACAGAAAAGCACACUUGAUUAUUCCAGCGAGCGUCUGAGGAAGACCAAUGAAUUGCUGCGGGGAAUCAAACUAUUGAAGCUGUACGCCUGGGAGAACAUCUUCUGUUCAAGUGUGGAGGAGAUCCGGGGAAAGGAGCUGACCAGCCUACAGACCUUCGCUCUCUACACUUCCAUAUCCAUAUUUAUGAACACAGCCAUUCCCAUUGCUGCAGUACUCACUACUUUUGUGGCUCAUGUGCACCUGUCUGAUGAUGCAGACCUGUCCCCAGCUGUAGCCUUUGCCUCUCUCUCACUCUUUCAUAUCCUGGUUAACCCUCUGUUCCUGCUGUCCAGUGUCGUGCGCUCCACCGUCAAAGCCCUGGUCAGUGUGCAGAAGCUGAGCGAGUUUUUCUCCUGUGAAGAGAUCGGAGUUGAACAGGAGCCUAAAGCAAACAUUUUACCCAAUUCAACCAAUCACGCCUGGUAUCAGGCCCUGCCACUGAAGGUUGUGAACCGCAAGCAUCCGGUCAGAGAGGACUGGAACAGCUUUGGGAUUCAGAGCGAGCAGGAGGACGAGCCACUGGCUGUGGAGGAUGAAGAUAUCUGCAUUAAGAUAACAAAUGGCUAUUUCAGCUGGACUGAUGGAGCCCCAACAUUAUCCAAUGUGGAAAUAAAGAUUCCUUUCGGUCAGUUGACUAUGAUAGUCGGCCAGGUGGGUUGUGGGAAAUCAUCUUUGUUGCUGGCAGCACUGGGUGAAAUGCAAAAGAUUUCCGGUACUGUGACAUGGAACAAGCCACCCAUUCUGGAUGAAGAGGGAAAUGAAAGCCCUUCUGAUGCAGCUGGAGACGGGGAUAUCAGGAAAAGAGGUGCUGUGGCAUACGCAUCCCAGAAGCCUUGGCUGCUCAACACCACGCUAGCCGAGAACAUCACCUUUGAGAUGCCGUUAAUAAAGCAAAGGUACAGAGCUGUGAUUGAAGCGUGCUCUCUCCAGCCGGACAUUGACAUCCUGCCCCAAGGGGACCAGACGGUCAUCGGAGAGCGGGGUAUUAUUCUUUCCGGAGGCCAGAGGCAGAGGAUCAGUGUGGCUCGAGCUCUUUAUCAAACCACCAAUGUGGUGUUUCUGGAUGAUCCUUUCUCAGCGCUGGAUAUCCACCUGAGUGAUCACCUGAUGCAGGAGGGCAUCCUCAAACUGUUGAGAGAGGAGAAGAGAACAGUAGUGCUCGUAACACAUAAGCUCCAGUAUCUCCCUCAUGCAGACUGGAUCAUUGCUAUGAAGGAUGGCGGCAUACAGACAGAGGGAACCCUGAAGGACAUCCAGAACUCUCAGCCUGAACUCUUUGAGCAGUGGAAGACCUUGAUGCACAGACAGGAUCGAGAGUUUGAGAAGGAGACAGUAAAUGAUAAUACAACUGUGUUGGAAAGGAAGAACCUGAGGCGAGCCAUGUACUCCAGAGAAGCCCUGAAAUCUGAGGAGGAGGAGGAGGAUGAGGAAUCUGGGGAGAGCGAUGAUGAAGACAACAUGUCACAUGUAAUGAGGCACAGAGCCACUAUCCCCUGGAGAUCCUGUGGGACAUAUCUGAGCUCUGCAGGCCUCCUGCUGCUCCUCCUGCUCCUGCUGUCCCAGCUCCUCAAACACUCCCUCAUGUUGGCUAUCGACUAUUGGCUCGCACACUGGACGUCCAAAGUCAUCACGGCCAAGAUCGAGGCAGUCUCACGCAACUGCUCCUCAGUCCAGUCUGAAACAUUAACCCAGGGCUGGAGGCUCUUUGAAACGACACCAUUGGGAAGCAUAUUAAAUCGCUUCUCCUCCGAUACAAAUGUAAUAGAUCAGCACAUUCCUGCGACUCUGGAGUGUUUAAGUCGCUCUACGCUGUUGUGUGUGUCAGCGCUUGGUGUGAUCUCAUACGUCACGCCGGUUUUUCUCAUCGUUUUGGCACCGCUAGCCAUCGCCUGUUACUUCAUCCAGAAAUACUUCAGAGUCGCAUCCAAAGAUCUCCAGCAGUUAGAAGACAGCACACAGCUUCCUCUGCUGUCACACUUCUCUGAGACCGUAGAAGGGCUCACAACCAUCCGAGCUUUCAGGUAUGAGGCUAGAUUCAGACAGAAGCUCCUAGAGUUCAGCGAUGCCAAUAACAUGGCCUCUCUCUUCCUCACAGCGGCUAACCGCUGGCUGGAGGUUCGAAUGGAAUACAUUGGGGCCUGUAUAGUCCUGAUAGCAGCUGUGGCUUCGAUUACCAAUUCACUGUUCAAUCAUCUGUCCACUGGGCUGGUGGGGCUGGGACUCACAUACGCCCUAAUGGUGUCCAACUACUUGAACUGGAUGGUGCGUAAUCUGGCAGAUAUGGAGGUGCAGCUUGGAGCUGUGAAGAGAAUAAAAGCUCUGCUGAAGACAGAACCUGAAAACUAUGAGGGUUUGCUGUUUGCGUCUCAGGUUCUGGAAGGUUGGCCUCAGCAGGGUGAGAUUCAGAUUCAGAAUCUGAGCGUAAGGUAUGACAGCACCUUAAAGCCCGUCCUCAAAAACGUCAACGCUCACAUCAGACCAGGACAAAAGGUUGGAAUCUGUGGUAGAACAGGAAGUGGAAAGUCGUCUUUCUCAUUAGCUUUCUUCCGGAUGGUGGACACAUUUGAGGGGCGAAUAAUCAUUGAUGACAUCGAUAUAGCAAAACUGCCCCUUCAGACGCUGAGAUCUCGCUUCUCUAUUAUUCUCCAAGAUCCCUUUUUAUUCAGCGGAACCAUUCGUUUUAAUCUCGACCCAGAAAUGAAAGCUACAGACAGUAUGCUGUGGGAAGCGCUAGAAAUCGCGCAACUCAAACCUGUGGUCAAAACUCUACCUGGAGGACUUGAUGCAAUAAUAACUGAAGGUGGGGAGAACUUCAGUCAGGGGCAGCGUCAGCUGUUCUGCCUGGCGCGGGCAUUUGUGCGGAAGAGCAGUAUUCUGAUCAUGGACGAGGCCACUGCGUCUAUAGACAUGGCUACGGAGAGCAUUCUUCAAAAAGUUGUGAUGACUGCCUUUGCCAACAGAACUGUGGUCACUAUAGCGCAUCGUGUACACACCAUCCUGAAUGCAGACCAGGUGAUUGUGAUGAAGAGGGGCGUCAUUCUGGAGUAUGACAAACCCGAGGUUCUCCUCAAUCAAGAGGACAGCGUGUUCGCUUCAUUCGUGCUAGCGGACAAAUGAGCCGGAGGGACCCUCUGUUGAAAGUGCAAUUGUACCAUGAAGGAAUAAAUAUUUAUUACUGCUAUUAUCAUUAUCACAUUUGUACAUAAAACGUUCAUCAUUUAUUAAUAAAAAAGUAA